AUGGACGUCAAGGAUGUUUCUGAGGUCGAGGAGUUCUCGGCAUACUUCAAGCAGCUGCAGAUCACUGCGGAACGGGCGAGGAGCAUGAAAGGACGAAGUCCUCGUGAUCAUCCUUCACCUGCGAUGCUCGUCAGCGAUUUCAACAUGGAGCGGGCCCGGGCUAUGAUGGAGUUGGCCAUGGAACCUGGGAAAUACUACAUCAAGACUUCACAGAUGCCCCCGGCAUACCUCCCAUGCACCCGACCUACGAACGAGCUCCAGCCCUUGAUGAUCUCCAAAAUGCGGUUGGAGGAACAUCACCGUGGUACAUAUAUCCUUGUCCGAACCAUGACGAUGCCCCACAAGAUCAACGUCGUUAUGGCCAUCGUGGAAGACGAGGAGGGCACGGCGGUUCUGCUCCAGCUUUACAACCAGCCAGAGGAGCCAGAGUUCAAUAUCGAAGAUAUCCUACCGCAGCACAGCGUCUGUCUCAUCAAGGAGCCCUUCUUCAAAAGGAGCACAGACGGCAAAUACAGCUUGCGAGUGGACCAUGUUGGAGACUUCUGUCUGCUUGCUAGAGACAAUGAGCGCAUCCCAAACCGAUGGAGAUCAGCACUGCGUUUUGUCCCUGACUCGGAGAAUAUUCGAUCGCGCGGAAAUGCUGCGGUCGGACAAAAGAAAUGGGGAAGAGCAGAGAAGCUCUAUACUGAGGCAAUCGCUGCUGCUAAAACACCAGAGCACAAACGCGCGGCUCUUCUCAACCGCUCACUAACUAAUCUGCGACUUCAACGACCCGAGAAAGCGCUGCUCGAUGCUGUCCAUGCCCGCAGCGGUGACACUCCGACCGAGAAGGGGCUGUUCCGGGAAGCCAAGGCUCACUAUGCACUGGAGCAGUUCGGCCUCUGCGCCGAGAAGCUGCAACAAGUUCUGGCAUUGAACGCCGGAAACAAGGAUGCAGAGGCGGAACUUGAGCGGACCAGACGCAGGAUCAUCGAGCAAGCGACUGGGGACUUCGGGUGGAAGCACAUGCACAAGCAGGCCAAAGAAACCCCCCCAACUAUCGACUGCGCGACUUACUCCAGCCCUGUCGAGAUUCGCGACUCCCCCGGACGUGGAAGAGGACUCUUCACGACAAAGGCUGUCAAAGCUGGAGAGCUGCUCCUCUGCGAGAAGGCCUUCUCGUACGUCUUCGCCGACGAGAAUGACCCCGCCGCUUCCAAGAACCUGAAGAUCUUGAUGAACGUGGUCUCAAAGAAGAUAACAAUGGGUGGGCAAGCAACACUCAUUUCCACCGUCGUCCAGAAACUGUACCAUAAUCCCGAGGCCGCUUUGCGCUUCACGGAAUUGCACCACGGAGACUACGAGGUAGCGAAUGCCUCUCAAGGAGAACAGGUCAUGGUUGAUACGUUCCUUGUCGAACGUAUCAUCAGCCUCAACUGCUUUGGCGCUCCGCGAACGACCCUCGAGUACUUGGAGAACAAGGAAAACCUACGUCAAGAGGACAAAGACCAGACUACCUGCGGCAUCUGGACCACAGCAUCCUUCAUCAACCAUUCCUGCAUCGGCAAUUGCUUCCGCUCCUUCAUUGGCGACAUGAUGGUCGUGCGAGCUGGCAGAGACCUCGAUGCCGGCACCGAAUUGCUGUUCAGCUACCGACUGCCCGAAGAGGGAGCAGACUAUCAGGCCACCCAGACUGGUUUGAAGCACUGGGGUUUCAUCUGCCGUUGUGAACUCUGCGAAGAGAAGAAGGCGACCUCGAAGCCAGUGUUUCAGAAGCGCCAGCGGCUUGUGCAGGACUUGAAGAGCUCAAUGAGAGCCUGCAGAACUGCAGCCCAUGAGACCAAGGUGCUCAAGCUCCUUUCCCAAGUGGAAGACACCUACCCCAAUGGUAAGGGAACGCUGCGUUUGGAGACCUGGGAGACCUACGUCGUACUGGGCCAGAAGCGCGUUGACAGAAGGAAGUUCGUCCAAGGCCUCGAGUUGAUGGUCAAGGGCCUCGAGGCCCUCGGCUUUGAGGUCGUGGCCUACCCCCUUGGAAAGGCCUCUGGCAAGCCAACGCUGGAGAUCAAGAAAUGGGGCCAAGCCAACAAAUAUCUCGUCCAGGCCUUUCUCAUGAUGUCCCACACUUACGCAAAUCUUGCGCCCGAGUUGUGCCGGGUCGCAAGAAGCUAUGCUGAGACUGUGUACGCUAUCACGUAUGGAGAGAAGGACACGAUCGGUACCGUAUUCGAGGACUUCAAAUAG